AUGUACACGGGCAUGGGGUUAAACGAGUUCACUGACGGUUGUCGACUCAAUAUUAUCAGGCGUUUCGUCUGUUUGCGUGUACCUCACCGUAUAGGCUUAAGUAGUAAAGGAGAACUGACUGUUACCUGGGUGUACAUGCCCCUAAGCAUCGUGCCUAGCUUCAUGAGCACCAACAACACGGAGGACGGGGUCCCUGCAGAUGUUGGUGCAGCAAGACCUGGGGAGCUUGACCCAGACAUUGACUUCUGGGCUUUUGGGAUUAUACUCUUGGAACACCAGCGUGAGGCAUACUGUCAGAAAAGUUUCGAAGUCAGAGAUCUGGUUCCAGAUCUAUCGCAUGAAUACCUCAAUUUACUGGCCACAUCCCGCAAAGCACAAAGCGGAAAGAGCUAG